AGGAAAAAGAGAAAACAAAUAGGAUUUCCUCCCACCACCACCCAGUCGAAAGCAGACAAUGGAGAAGGCAGUCAGAAUUCUGGGGGUCCAUUUCAAUGGGAAUAAUGAAGAAGCCAUUAAAAAACCAUUUAAAUGUAUGGAGUGUGGAAAGAGCUUCACUACUAGUAGAACACUAAGACUACAUCAACGGACACACAUGGGGGAGAAACCAUUUAAAUGUAUGGAGUGUGGAAAGAGCUAUAGUCAGAGUGGACACCUUACAAUUCAUCAACGGACUCACAUGGGGGAGAAACCAUUUAAAUGCAUGGAGUGUGGAAAGAGCUUCACUGAGAGUGGAACACUUAGAAUUCAUCAACGGACUCACACAGGGGAGAAACCAUUUAAAUGCAUGGAGUGUGGAAAGAGCUUCACUGAUAGUGGAAACCUUAGAAUUCAUCAACGGACUCACACAGGGGAGAAACCAUUUAAAUGCAUGGAAUGUGGAAAGAGCUUCAGUCAGAGUGGACACCUUACAAUCCAUCAACGGAGUCACACAGGAGAGAAACCAUUUAAAUGCAUGGAGUGUGGAAAGAGCUACAGUCAGAGUGGACACCUUAGAAUUCAUCAACGGACACACACACGGGAGAAACCAUUUAAAUGCAUGGAGUGUGGAAAGAGCUUCACUGAUAGUGGAAACCUUAGAAUUCAUCAACGGACACACAUGGGGGAGAAACCAUUUAAAUGUAUGGAGUGUGGAAAGAGCUAUAGUCAGAGUGGACACCUUACAAUCCAUCAACGGAGUCACACAGGAGAGAAACCAUUUAAAUGCAUGGAGUGUGGAAAGAGCUACAGUCAGAGUGGACACCUUAGAAUUCAUCAACGGACACACACACGGGAGAAACCAUUUAAAUGCAUGGAGUGUGGAAAGGGCUUCACUGAUAGUGGAGCACUUAGAAUUCAUCAACGGACUCACAUGGGGGAAAAACCAUUUAAAUGUAUGGAGUGUGGAAAGAGCUACAGUCAGAGUGGACACCUUAGAAUUCAUCAACGGACACACACAGGGGAGAAACCAUUUAAAUGCAUGGAAUGUGGAAAGGGCUUCACUGAGAGUGGAAAUCUUAGAAAACAUCAACGGACUCACACAGGUGAGAAACCAUUUAAAUGUAUGGAGUGUGGGAAGAGCUUCACUGAGAGUGGAGCACUUAGAAAACACAAACGGACUCACACAGGUGAGAAACCAUUUAAAUGUAUGGAGUGUGGGAAGAGCUUCACUGAGAGUGGAGCACUUAGAAAACACCAACGGACUCACACAGGUCAUCAACCAUUUAAAUGUAUGGAGUGUGGAAGGAGCUUCAAUACAAGAGGAGUUCUUACAAAACACGAACAAACUCAUGCAGGGGAGAAACCAUAUAAAUGUUUGGAGUGUGGAAAGAGUUUCAAGCGCAAGACGCACGUCACAGACCAUCAGAGGACCCACACGGGAGAAAAACCGUUUUCGUGCUCAGAGUGCGGGAAGAGCUUCAGUCAUAGCACCGGCCUUACUUAUCACCGAAGAACCCACACGGGCGAGAAACCGUACAAAUGCUCGGAGUGCGGGAAGAACUUCAAUUGCAGCCAAACCCUCGCUUUGCACCACAGAAUCCACACAGGGGAGAAACCGUACAAAUGCCCCGAGUGCGGGAAGAGCUUCAGCCAGAAGAUACACGUGAUAAACCAUCAAAGAACCCACACGGGCGAGAAACCGUUUACGUGCUCUGAGUGCGGAAAGAGCUUCACCUACAGCACCGGUCUUACCCACCAUCAAAGAACCCACACAGGAGAGAGGCCCUAUAAGUGCUCCGAGUGUGGGAAAAGCUUCAGUUGCAGCCAAACCCUCGCUAUACACCUCAGGAUCCACACCGGAGAGAAACCCUACAAAUGCCCAGAGUGUGGGAAGAGCUUCAGCCAGAAGAUUCACGUUACGAGCCACCAAAGAACCCACACGGGAGAGAAGCCAUACGAAUGUUCCCAGUGUGGCAAGAGCUUCAGUCAGUGGACAACCCUUACUAGACACGAAAGAAUACACACAGGGGAGAAACCAUACAAAUGCUCAGAGUGUGAAAGGACCUUCAGUCACAGCAAUAGCCUUACUUACCAUCAGAGAACCCACAACGAAGUGAAGCCGUCCGUUGCUGUGGUUGAUUUUGCCUCUGGCCGCAUGACACCCCUGCCAGAAGGCUGCCCUGGAGGGGAUAUGACCCUCUGGCUGGAAAACAUGUCCCACCCCUGAUGCAAAUGCUCCAAAACGUGUGGAAAGAUCUCCACUCAAGAGCACCAGUUUCUUGUACCAUAGAAUCCACUGAAGUGUAGAAGCCGUUUGAAAACCAGGUGGAAAUGGUUCUUUCCCAAAGUGAAGAAUUCACUGCAGAAGGAUGCUUUGGAUCCUAGAACAUAGCUGUCAACUUUUCCCUUUUCUUGCG